CAAAGAUGGCGGCUGGUAAACACAGGUCUCACAAACACUUCACUAUAGAAGAUGCCUUCGAGGAGGAUCCAGACGACCCCAUACGGGUUUAUGGCGCCACUGGUGAACGGUCGCCACUCCGGGCUAAGGCCCGGGAGCUACAUAAUGGCGCAGGUGGCGAGAUAAUGGCGCAGGAGACUCAAGAAUGUGUCAGUACCAAGGUUCUCCUGACUGUACCUGAUGUUGAUGCAAUAUCCCGCGACAGCGACUCUCUGAUACCUGGCGACACGUGUAGUAGUUUCUCCGACUCUCCGCGAUGGUGGUUCCUGCAUCCUAAAGUGCGGGAAAAAUGGAGGAUAGUCGCAGGAGCCUUCACUCUUCUUAUUAUGGGCAUAAUAUUACUCAUUACCGGUGUGGUUGUGGAAGCAGUACCACUGGAGAGUCUCUCAGGUCCAGUGUUUAUCAUCGCUGGUCUUAUAUGCUUCAUCCCCGGUGCCUACCAUGUAGUGUACGUCCUGCUGGCUGUCUGGGGUAAACGAGGAUAUGAUUUUUACAAUCUUCCGCUGUUCAACUGAUACACCGCUGCAGGGCUGUAGUUUCUGAAGUGAAUCUCAGUGCUGUACAAUAAGCAAGAUCUAUGAUACAGUAUUAUAAUAAUGUAAAAAAAAAAAUUAAGCACAAAAUUGUAAAAAUAUUGCCCACGAAAUUUAAUGGUGUAAUUGUAAUUAUAAUUUUUAAAG